AUGUUAAUUGGUAUCUCAGGAACAUUAAGUUCCGGUAAGACAGAAGUAGCACGGUAUUUAACAUUCCAAGGAUUUAAGUUAAUCUCAUUUGAACCUCCAACUCCUCCUACAAAUAUUGCUGCCGAUUCUUCUGAUGAAUCAACUCCAGCUCCUCCUUUAGGACAACAACUUCAAUUAAAAUGUAAUAUAAAAGAAGAUCUUACCAAAGUUUCACCCUAUUAUUCCAAAAUGGAAAUUCAUAAGAAAUUUACCGAUUUAGAUUCAUUAUUAGAUUUUGUUACUGUUAAUUGGAAACAGAAUUUUGUUAUAUCUCAUAUUAAUGAUAUGACAAUGUUAAAAGCUUUACAGAAAAGACCAUUCUUUUUACAUAUUUCCAUAGAUGCUCCUUUGACAUUAAGAUUUGAAAGAUAUUCAUUAAAACCAGCUAGGGUUUGGUUACAAUUAAGUGACUUCAUAAAAAAGAAUGAUGAUUUAUUAUUCAAUAUUGAAAAUCCAUUAAUUGAAAUAAAUAAUCAAGCACAAGUUAAAAUCAUUAAUACUUCUAGUUCAAUUAAAGAUUUGUAUAUCAAAUUACUGGAGUUAAACUUAUUAGAUUCUUCAAGAUUAAGACCUACUUGGGAUUCUUAUUUUAUGAGAUUAGCUGAUUUAGCAGCAUUAAGAUCCAAUUGCAUGAAAAGAAGAGUUGGUUGCGUCAUUGUAAGAGAUUGCCGUGUUGUUGCUACUGGAUAUAAUGGAACCCCUCGACAUUUGACUAAUUGUAAUGAAGGUGGUUGUUCACGUUGUAACAAAGGUCAUGGAAGUGGUGCAUCAUUAUCAACAUGUCUUUGUUUACAUGCAGAAGAGAAUGCAUUAUUGGAAGCUGGUAGAGAUAGAAUUAGAGGUGAUAGUAUAUUAUAUUGUAAUACUUGUCCCUGUUUAACUUGUUCCAUUAAGAUUGUUCAAUGUGGGAUUAAAGAAGUUGUUUAUGCACAAAGUUAUUCAAUGGAUACUCAAAGUCAUAAAGUUAUGAGUGAUGCAAAUAUAAUAUUACGUCAAUACCAACCUCCAAUGGAUGGGAUAUUUAUUUAA